AUGGCACCCUCGGUCGAUUACUACUGCCCAUGUCUCGCUGCCUCUCCUCACCCUCCUCCUCCUCACCUCCCGUCUUCGUCUGACAGCUUCCACCCUCUACACAAUCUCUUCUUCUGCGAAGAAUGCGACGCCGUGCGAUGUAACCGCUGCGUCAUGGUCGAAGUGAGCGGGUACUACUGCCCCAACUGUCUGUUCGAGGUGCCCAGCGCGAGUGUACGCGCAGAGAAGAACAGAUGUGCGCGGAAUUGCUUUUUGUGCCCGAACUGCCGGAAUACGCUGUCGGUCGUUCCUUCGGACCCGCCGAAUGACGGGUAUGACAGGAUGUCGCCGAUUGUGUCGACGUCCCUCGGCGAACCGCCUUUCUUUCUGUAUUGUAACCAUUGCAGGUGGGACUCCGCGCAGGUCGAUAUUACAUUUGAGAAGCCCACAGGUCUUGCAGCUCAACUACAGAAGUUCGAAGACUCUGCACCCGAAGCCCUGGAGUUCGACCGAUUGAAGGAACAUUUCGAACCCUUCCUACGUGCAUCCUCCUCCUCUUCCGCCGUCACACCCUCGUCCUCACACCACCACUCGAACCCUAUCACAGCCGCAGCGUCGUCCGCACUCGCGCGGGACAUCCCCGGCGUCAGUAAGUACAAUCCGCUCUCGCGCUCGCGCUCUGGGCGGGACAAAAGCUCGCAUAAGGCGGACAUCCCCGACUACAAGGCGCGUAUGGAGGUCGGCGCGGCAGCGGGCAUGGGCGCGGGGGGAGGGGAGGCGGACCUUGAGUUCAUGCGGCAUUUGGAGACGGUCGCGGAGGUGGCGACGGUUGAACAGCGGUGGGUGAAUAGCUGGGUGUCGUCGCUGCACACAGACGACCUCAAGCCUUUGCGGAUACCGCUGCAGUCCAAAAAGUCGAAGCGAUGUCCGAGUUGUCGUCACAUCCUGAUCAAGCCCGAGCAGAAGGCACAGUCGGUGCGGUACAAGAUCAAACUCGUCGCUGCGAACUACCUGCCCGCCAUCUCGGUCUCCCUACCACAUGCACGGGCAGCUCUCGAGACGAUGAAGCGCUCAUUGAACAGGUCGGCAGCUCAGUCAGAAGACCAGAGCCCGGCAGCAGCGGCGCUGCUCGCAGGGAAGACAUACUCCUUCCACAUCUCAUUCACGAACCCUCUAUACGACCCGAUACAAGUGCGCCUGAAGAAGGCGCAGGCGAUGCCCGCGCCCGGCACCGAAGGUGCAGGCGAGAAGGCAAAGAGGCCGCCGUUCCAGGUAAAUCUGCCUUCCGCUGCAUUUCCGAUCGCCGCGUUCGCAGAGGCCUGGGAGUACGAGGACGAUGAGGAUAUGUUUGGUUUGGAUGACGACGAUGACCUGGACGGCCUGGGGCGGUUGCAGAAGGACCAGAGAAGCAAGACGCGGACCGUGGGGGUGGUGGAGAAGCGGGCGAACGUGACUGUCGUGGCGGGGGAGGUCAUCUUGACGAAGGAGUCAAGGGGGAACGUGAAGUUCAAUAUGUUAGUGUCGUACACGUACCGGUCGGACGACCCGGACCCGGCUGAGGAGAACGCGAUGGGUACGCCUUCGCGGCAUGCGUCGAGCAAGCCGCCGGAGAUGAAGAACUUCUCGUUCUACACUGUUGUGGAUUUGGGAACGAUUGCGCCUAGGGAGGAGACGAUACACGAUACGGAUAUGUAG